UUAGCCGAGUUUAAACUGAGACAUGGGUCUCACGCUCCUGAAGCUCAGGGAAUCGUCUUUAGCAAGGAGAAAAAUCGAACGAGUUUUCAUUCGUUUCAUUCGACGUUGGUGGAUAGAGUAGAGUUGCCACAACUAUUCCCCCCACCCCCCAUGGCUGGGAGGAAUAGUAAGGGAGGGGUUUUCUGGGCAGUUCUGACCAAUCGUCGACGCAUUCAAGUCACUGUUUUGUAUAAAAUCUGCUUUCCUAAAGGUGAUACUGCGGUCCUGUAAGUCAGUUACUGAGCGAAUUACUGGGCGGAAGGAAAUUUCGCUUUCCCGGACCUAUCAUUAAUUGCGGUUUUCCAUUCCAACCCAAACCAUGAAGUUCAUGUGCAUUGUGUCCUUGUUUCUCUUCCUCCUGUGUCUCACCUUUUCCCCGGGAGAAGGGGCAAAGAGCGCAGACGGCAGCGAACUGUUAAAUCGGCUGAGUAAAAAGCGAAAAGGCAAAUUGUUGGCAACCAAAGGUGCGCUGACCACGAAAGACGAUCACGCGUGUACCUGGAAUGUCACUGGGGAGGAGGAGCUAGUACUGCAAAUCAGCUGUAGUUACCAAGGCGGUAGCUAUUCGUGUAACUACACCGGCAGGCCGCAGUCCUGCCCCACUUACAACUCUAAAGCCUUCCAGUACUGGAAACAGGUGAUCAGCAAGGUGAAGAAGAAGAAACAUGCCUGCGAGGGAGAUAAAAGCUUGAAGGCGCGCGUCUGUAAAAAGGCGCCGACAGAAUCUCAAAUGAAGCUGCAGGCGAAGAGUUGGGACACGAGGAAGAGGAGGGACAAGGUUCACUUGAAGGGCGCCGGGCGCAGGAGGGCUUUGGGGAAAGUGGCGACUGAGAACGCCUUUGCCUCGGAGAGCGUUAACUCUACCGAAACCCGAUCUGAAAAGAACUGGGGCAAAUCUGGAGCCCCUGAAUCCUCAAAGAGCGAGGACCCAAACACAUUGGGCGAAAUGAGAGACGAUGACCCCGAGGUCCAAGAGGAGCUGUCCCGUGCCUACUGUGCCGAGAAGUGGCACUCGCUUUGCUCGUUUUUUGUCAACUUGUGGAAUGGCUAGUCUCACACAUGUGAUUCCUUUCCACAGAGGAACCCUUGUGUUCAGUCCUGCGUAUAACCAACCAUAUAAAACGCCAUCUUCUCCCACUGUGGUUAAUAUUCAUUCACGAAAACUACAAAAUAGCUCUUACACAGACAUACGUCUUAAUACAACUGACUCGUCAAAUGCUAAACAGACUUACAGCUGUAGCAAGCUUUUAACUGAAAAAAUUUAACAUUGUGGUAAUAGAUUUAACCUUCUAACGUGUACAUAGAGUGUUUUAACUCGGUCAUGUAAGGUAUAAGAUUAAAGACCAGUGUUUGACUGAAUACCGACUGCGGUCUGUGAUACAUAGCAAUGCAGAGAGCGAGGGCGCGAGGGUGAAGUGUUUUUACUUGAAGAGACUGAGGACUUUGGAAUCCGAAGCAGGAACAAACCCCCUGGAGGAGUUCAGCGGGUCAGGCGGCAUCUGCCAGGGAAAUGAAUAGUCGACGUUUUGGGUCGAGACUCUUCAUCCGGACUGCCACAGUGAGAGAGGGUCUCACAAAAUUUAGAUGAAGAUACGCGACUAGAAAAUUUGACUGUCCAUUUCCCUCCACAAUAAAAUAAGAUAGGGAAAUUAAAUACUGCUCGGCUGCAUCCCCCCUCUCUCCACUAUUCCAAUUUGGAGUUUGCAGUAUUUGUUUAUAUUUGAAUAGACUGUCAUUUGUGUGUGUGUGUGUGUGUGUGUGUGGGGGGGAUGUAUGCACGAAUAAUCGCAGAACAUAAUUAAGGUCCGGUGCUCAAACGUGUUGGGAAGCUUGCGGCAUCUGUGAGGGAUCGUCACUGCGGGCUGUCAAUGUGGAACCGGCACUGUGAAAGUGUGCGUGUGGUGCUGACAGUGUAGAACUGCGCUCGAGCAUGGCCCGGUAUGUACAUUCUUACAACAUUAGCUACAUUUAAGGGCAGCGCAAAUCAUUCCGAGACCAACGCUGCCAGGUCAUCUCACUCCGACAGCGCUUGGAUCUCGGGGCGUUCAUUCUGUCUUUUAAAUGAUGGGGAACACACAUGUUGCGGGCCAAGACCCUUCAUCAGUCCCCAUACCCUCCACAGAAGUUGUCUGAUUUGCUGACGUCCUCUAGCAUUUUGUGCGUGUUGCUCACGAUUUCCAUCAUCUGCGGAAUCUCUUGUGUUCAGUUGGUGGGGCAUUGCCUUCACAGUGUUUCCCUGGUGCUGACAGUGCCUGCUGGCGAGCUCCGGUUAACAUUGUAGAAAAUGGCCAUUGAAAGAGGCAGAGAACUGAAUAAACAAGACCUCCUGCCGCUCUCUGCGCGCCGAGUCCGGGGCAGGAACUAGAUCUCACUGAGGUUUCCCAGAGGGACAGCUGGGCGCUGACCCCGGUUCGGCAACUCCUUCCUCUGUGGCCUGACCAAAGUAAGGGACCUGUUAAUGACCUGGUUUUCACAUAAGCAAAAACAAUACUAAUUUAUUUCAAUCGACAUCAGUUUUAACCAUUUUACGAUUAUUUUCAUUCUUUCUAAAUAUUUAUUAUCAAGGGCAUCUAACAUCUUGCAUUUCCCCCCAAUGGUUUAAGAGAAAGCGCCGCUGGGGACGGGGCGGAGGGUCUAAACCUUGUUUGGACAGAGGGUCUUGGGACCAGUUGCCCGAGUCCUGGUCGCCUUCGAGGUCAUGUAAAUGUAGAGCGUGAGCUGCGGUUCUGGGCAAUGAUCCUGGUUCGGAAAUAUUCCCCGCAGUGCCUCGUUUAAAAGGUGCUGGCCGACUGAAGGUCACGCAAACACACACACAUGGUUACUGCCAACUAAGAAUUGAAUUGAAUUGAAUUGACUUUAUUUCCUUCACAUACAUGAGGAGUAAAUAUCUUCAUGUUACGUCUCCGUCUAAAUGUGCAAUGUGCAAUCAUAGUAAUUUAUAAUAAAUAGAACAGUCAAUGUAACACUUAAAUCAGUAUGAGUUAAUCAGUCUGAUGGCCUGGUGGAAGAAGCUGUCUCGGAGCCUGUUGGUCCUGGCUUUUAUGCUGCGGUACCGUUUCCCGGAUGGUAGCAGCUGGAAUAGAUGGUGGUUGGGAUGACUUGGGUCCCCAGUGAUCCCUCGGGCCCUUUUCACCCACCUGUCUUUGUAAAUGUCCUGAAUGAUGGGAAGUUCACAUCUACAGAUGCGCUGGGCUGUCUGCACCACUCUCUGCAGAGUCCUGCAAUUGAGGGAAGUACAAUUCCAUACCAGGCAGUGAUGCAGCCGGUCAGGAUGCUCUCACUUGUGCCCCUGUAGAAAGUUCUUAGGAUUUGGGGGCCCGUACCAAACUUCCUCAACAGUCUGAGGCUAUUGUGCCUUUUUCACCACACAGCUGGUGUGUACAGAGCAUGUGAGAUCCUCAGUGAUGUUUCUGCCAAGGAACUUAAAUCUGUUCACCCUCUCAAUCCCAGGUCCAUUGAUGUCAACAGGGGUUAGCCCAUCUCCAUUCCUCCUGUAAUCUACAACCAGCUCCUUUGUUUUUGUGAUAUUGAGGGAGAGGUUGUUUUCUUGACACCACUGUCUCAGAGAGAUGACUUCUUCUCUGUAGGCCACCUUAUUAUUGUUUGAGAUUAGGCCAAUCAAUGUAGUGUCAUCGGCAAAUUUAAUUAGCAGAUUAGAGCUGUGGGUGGUAACACAGUCAUGGGUAUACAGGGAUUAAAGGAGGGGACUUAAUACACAGUCCUGAGGGGUUCCUGUGUUGAGAGUCAGAAGGGCAGAGGUGAGGGAGCUCACUCUUACCACCUGCCGGCGAUGUGACAGGAAGUCCAGGAUCCAGCUGCACAAGGUGGGGUCUAGGCUGAGGUCUCUGAGUUUCCCGUCAAGCCUGGAGGGAAUUAUGGUGUUAAAUACUGAACUGUAGUCCAAGAACAGCACUCUCACACAAGCAUCCUUCUCCAGCUGUGUAAGGACAGUAUGCAGAACAGUGGCUAUUGCGUCGUCUGUCGGGCAGCAUUUAUGGAGAGGAAUAAACGGUAGAUGUUUCUGGCUGAGACCCUAUAUCAGGACUGGAAAGAAAGUAGGGGAGGGGGGAAGAGGCGAGAAUGAGAAGGUAGA